AUGGACAAGAAUUCAAUCACACACGUCUCGGACGUGACAAAUGAUCCGAACGACCCGCCAGAGGCAUCCAAAGUCCAAGUCGGACGAGAAAGGCUCUCCAAUCGCCUGCCACCCCAUGAGUCUUAUGAAGGCCGUCAUCGAUGGGACCCGGAGAUGACGUGGACCCCGGAAGAAGAGCGCAAAGUGGUCAGAAAGACGGACGUUUAUCUCCUGUCAUGUAUAUGUGUCAUGUUCUUCGGACUUCAGUUGGAUCGAGGGAACCUUUCCAAUGCACUGGCUGAUGACCUGCUCAAGGAUUUGAACCUAUCCAGCAAUGAUUAUAAUAAUGGAACUACAAUUCAACUAUUGUGCUUUUUGGGAGCUGAGUUCCCCGUUCAGAUGAUUACCAAGCGUUUGGGCUUCAAGAAAGUUUUGCCCACAAUGAUGAUGCUUUGGGGUAUUGUUUCAUGGGCGCAAGCAUGGAUGACCAACCGUUCCACCUUUUACGUGACGAGAGCACUGAUCGGCCUGUUCGAAGGCGGCUUCAUUCCUGGUGUUGUUCUCUUCUCAACAUAUUUCUACACUUCCACAGAGCUUUCAACGCGACUUGCGCUGUUUUGGUCCACUCUGAAUAUUGCCCGUGUCAUCUCAGCCCUGCUGGCAGCAGGUAUUCUGAAGAUGCGAGGCAUCGGGGGACAUCCAGGAUGGUUUUGGCUCUUCCUCUUGGAGGGUCUUCUGACCUGCAUUAUUGCCCUCGUGGCAUUCCUUUGGCUACCUGCGAGCCCAACCUCGACCAAGGGAGUCAUUUGGCGUAAGCCCUGGUAUACCGAGCGUGAAGAAGCGAUCAUGGUCAAUGUAAGCUUCAAGGCUUCGGCUCUGGGUUCUCGGGUUACCGUGGAUAUUGGUCAUGUUCUAACAAAACCUUGUCAGCGUAUUCUUCGUGACGACCCGGCCAAGGGUCUCACUGCCAUCAAGGAGCCGGUUCGUUGGAGUGACAUCAAGGAAGCCUGGAUGGACAAGUCCAUGUGGGGACUGUACCUCAUUGGACUAGUGGCAUAUAUACCUGCCACACCAGUGCAGGGCUAUCUGACCCUCACUCUGCGGCGCAUUGGCUUUUCGACUUUUGACUCCAACAUGUUGACAGUUCCGUCAGCUGUGCUUCAGAUUUUCACCAUGCUGGCAAUAGCCUAUAGUAGCAACUAUUUCAACGACCGGGCUUUUCAUGUGAUCAUCGGAGAGGCCUGGGUUCUGCCUCUUCUCGUCGGCAUGCUGACCCUCCCCGAUGGUGGUCGUGACUGGUCCCGAUUCACGCUGGUGACCCUCGUCUCAGGCUAUCCAUAUUUCCACCCCAUUGUUUCAUCAUGGAUCUCGGAGAACAGCUUCGAUGUCAAAAAGCGAGCCAUCACCGCGGCCACAUACAACGUGAUCGUGCAGGUUGGAUCCCUGAUUGGCUCGCAGAUCUAUCGCGCCGAAGAUGCGCCAUACUAUCAUCGGGGCAAUGCUGUGCUGGUGGCUCUCUGUGCCCUCUCGUUGGUAAUUGUGUUCGCUCAACGUGAAUUUUUGCGACACCUCAAUCGCAGGAAAGCCGCGGCCUGGAAUGCCAUGACGCUGGAGGAGCAGGCUUCGUAUCAAAGCGACGUGACAGCUCGUGAGGAAGACGGAAACAAGCGGUUGGAUUUCCGGUUUUCCUAUUAG